GUUAUGUACCUGGAUUGCGUAACGUUAUCCUAAAGCACAGGUUCGUCUGCGGCGCACUGUCCUUCUUCCUGCUAGGGAAAUUACUCCAUCUGCGGAGAUUUUGCUCACAAUUUUCCUCUGUGUUCUGAUUUCUAAUGCUGAAAAAUUUAGGGUUAUGGCCAAUGGUACAGACAUCAAUGCCCCCUAUCUCAAUGCUGCAAUCUUCUUCGACGCGCACCUGUCCUUGUAAUUCUAGCUUCUGCUCUACCGUUCAAGCCUCGAAUCUGAGACGACAAAGGGUUUUGAGCGCUUUGUGUAGAGCGAGGCGGCGAGUUAGGUACGAAGAUGACGAUGUAAUUGAAGACGAAGAUGGACACAAUGAGCAGAUUGCUAAGUUGGAACUGUAUAGUCAAUCGGCCAGAGGAGAAGCUCUGCUUGUUCAUGCACUCGUGGACGGCGAGGACGUGGAUGUGCUUAUCUUCAAGGGAUUCUCUUCAUGCUUGAGCUAUAGAACCUCGCCUGAUCCUACAAAGAGCGUUCUUCCGGCGAGGGCAGUGAUAGAGUCAAUUGACAGAAUCAAAGGGCCAUUUGACCCUAACAAUAUUGAGUAUCUGGAGAAAGGUAUAACCUGGGAAGCAUUCCUGGACAGAUAUAGUUGACCGGUGACAUUAUAUAAUUAUGGAUUGAAGAGGUUGUGACCUGUAAGUAACCUCCCCCCCCCCCCAAAGAAGUGUUUUAACUUUUUAAUGAGCAUUGU